AUUACUGAGAAAGAAAUGUUAGAGACGCCUAAUGCAUUGAUUUGGGUUUGUAGAUUGCGCCACAGGGGUCCUGAUUGGAGUGGUUUGCAUUGUCAUGAGGAUUGCUACCUUGCUCACCAACGUCUGGCUAUAGUAGAUCCGACUUCAGGGGAUCAGCCACUCUACAAUGAAGAUAAAACAAUAAUCGUCACGGUUAACGGGGAGAUAUAUAACCAUAAGCAGUUGAGAGAAAAGUUGAAGUCCCAUCAGUUCCGAACUGGAAGCGACUGUGAAGUGAUUGCUCAUCUCUAUGAAGAAUAUGGAGAAGAGUUUGUUGACAUGUUGGAUGGCAUGUUUUCAUUUGUCCUUCUUGAUACUCGUGACAAAAGCUUUAUUGCAGCCAGGGAUGCUAUUGGUAUCACCCCACUUUAUCUAGGCUGGGGUCUUGAUGGGUCGGUUUGGUUUGCUUCUGAAAUGAAAGCUUUGAGUGAUGAUUGUGAGCGAUUCAUGUCCUUCCUCCCAGGGCACAUAUAUUCAAGCAAACAAGGAGAUCUCAGAAGAUGGUAUAACCCACCAUGGUACUCGGAGCGGAUACCUUCUGCUCCAUAUGAUCCCAAACUUCUAAGGGAGGCCUUUGAGAAGGCUGUGUUGAAGAGACUAAUGACAGAUGUUCCAUUUGGUGUACUUUUGUCUGGAGGACUGGACUCUUCACUUGUUGCUGCUGUAGCAUCACGCCAUAUGACUCAAUCAGAAACUGCUCGCCAGUGGGGUUCACAAUUGCACACAUUUUGUAUUGGUCUGAAGGGUUCCCCAGAUCUAAAAGCUGCCAGAGAGGUAGCAGAUCAUAUUGGGACUCGUCACCAUGAGUUUCACUUCACUGUCCAGGAAGGCAUAGAUGCUCUGGAGGAAGUCAUUUACCAUAUUGAAACAUAUGAUGUAACCAGCAUUAGAGCCAGCACUCCUAUGUUUCUUAUGUCUCGGAAAAUCAAAUCUUUAGGAGUAAAAAUGGUUCUUUCAGGAGAAGGUUCUGAUGAAAUUUUUGGAGGUUAUUUGUAUUUCCACAAGGCACCUAACAAAAAGGAGCUUCAUGAAGAAACAUGUCGAAAGAUAAAGGCUCUUCACCUUUAUGAUUGCCUAAGGGCUAACAAGGCAACUUCAGCAUGGGGUGUUGAGGCUCGUGUUCCCUUUUUGGAUAAAGAAUUUAUCAAUCUAGCAAUGAGCAUUGAUCCAGAGUGGAAAAUGGUGAGGCCUGAUCUUGGAAGAAUUGAGAAGUGGGUAUUACGCAAUGCAUUUGAUGAUGAUGAAAAGCCGUAUCUGCCUAAGCAUAUCUUAUACAGGCAGAAAGAACAAUUUAGUGAUGGAGUUGGAUACAGUUGGAUUGAUGGUUUGAGGGAUCACGCAAACAAACAAGUUACGGAUACAAUGCUGAUGAAUGCAAGCUGCAUUUACCCUGAAAAUACUCCUACCACAAAAGAGGGAUACUAUUAUAGAGCUAUUUUCGAAAAGUUUUUCCCUAAGAGUGCUGCAAGGUUAACAGUUCCAGGAGGUCCAAGUGUAGCGUGCAGUACUGCAAAAGCAGUGGAGUGGGAUGCGGCUUGGUCAAAAAAUCUUGACCCAUCUGGCCGUGCUGCUCUUGGCAUUCAUGCAGCUUCUUAUGAGGAAUCAACAGAUGUUAAGACUGCCAAUCUUGUGGAUGGUCCUUCUAAGAAACUACAAAGUCUUGCCGUUAAGACUGCCACUGUUGUCUGAGAACUUCAAGAGUCUGGUGGCUUUUUCCUUGCAGUUAAGAUUUCUGAUUCUUAACUAAGUAGGAGCAAAAAAAAUCUAUCUCCAAGGAAUUGAAGGUAGGAAGGUAGGAGCAAAAUGAGUUUGGACAUGAGAAUUAUUAUCUACUUUUACAGAUUGGAGAGUGUUAGAAGAUUAAAAAAAAAAAAAGAAAGAUUUGGAAUUAGAUGAAAUUGAUUCCGGUCAACGUUGAGGGAAUUAUUGACU